AUGGCUUUGACUCUUCGUUCUUCUACUUCUUUUCUUUACUUAAAAGACAUCAAGACUCUCAAAACCCUCGAUGAUUUCUCCACCACUCUUUGUUUUGCACAGUUCAAGCCUUCAUCAUGUCGUUUGAAAGUCAAAAAUUCAAUACAAGAUCAUGCUCAAUCGACACGCGAAAUGACUAUCGUAUCCCCCUUCGAACAAGGGUAUAAUGGACAGAAAGAGAGGUUUCAUGCUUUAUCGAGCGGCCACCAGACCGGAAACAACAACAACAACUCGAGGGUCCCGGUCUACGUGAUGUUGCCGCUGGACACGGUGACGAUAGGCGGCCACUUGAACAAACCGAAGGCGUUGAACGCGAGUCUGAUGGCGUUGAAAACUGCAGGAGUGGAAGGUGUAAUGGUUGAUGUUUGGUGGGGUUUGGUCGAAAAAGUUGGACCAUUGAGGUAUAAUUGGGAAGGGUACGUUGAACUUGUGAACAUGGUUCAAAAACAUGGAUUAAAACUCCAAGCUGUUAUGUCUUUUCAUCAGUGUGGAGGCAAUGUUGGAGACUCUUGCAGCAUUCCAUUACCGCCAUGGGUUCUUGAAGAAAUCAGCAGAAACCCUGAUCUUGUGUACACCGAUAGAUCUGGCCGGAGAAACCCUGAAUACAUCUCGUUAGGUUGUGACGCCUUGCCGGUGCUCCGGGGAAGAACUCCGAUUCAAGUUUAUGCCGAUUACAUGAGAAGUUUCCAACAAAGAUUCAAGAAUUACCUGGGAGAUGUUAUUGUGGAAAUUCAAGUGGGUUUGGGUCCUUGUGGGGAGUUGAGGUAUCCAUCUUAUCCAGAAAGUAAUGGGACAUGGAGGUUUCCAGGAAUAGGAGAAUUUCAAUGCUAUGAUAAGUAUAUGAAAGCAUCACUGGAAGCUGUGGCAGAUGAAAAUGGCCGGAAAGAUUGGGGAAAAAGUGGGCCACAUGAUUCCGGCCAGUACAACCAGUUCCCGGAGGACACAGGAUUCUUCCGUAGAGAGGGGACAUGGGACACCGACUACGGCCGUUUCUUCAUGGAAUGGUAUUCCGGGAAGCUACUGGAACACGGUGACAGAAUCUUAGGAUCCGCCGACAGCAUAUUCCGGGGAACCGGAGCAAAGCUUUCAGGAAAAGUUGCCGGAAUCCAUUGGCACUACAAAACUAGGUCUCAUGCGGCCGAGUUAACCGCCGGAUACUAUAACACAAGAAAUUCCGACGGGUAUCUACCCAUUGCGAGGAUGUUGGCGAAACACAGUGUCGUUUUCAACUUCACGUGUAUGGAAAUGAAAGACGGCGAGCAGCCACAACAUGCGAAUUGCUCGCCGGAAGGGCUAGUCCGGCAGGUCAAGUUGGCGGUCAGGGAUGCUGGAAUUGAACUGGCGGGAGAAAACGCAUUGGAAAGAUACGACGGUGGAGCUUACGGGCAAGUUCUGGCCACGAGUAGAUCGGAUUCAGGCAACGGGUUAUGUGCAUUCACCUUUUUGAGACUGAACAAGCGGUUGUUUGAGGCGGAGAACUGGCGGCAGCUGGUGAAUUUCGUGAGAAGCAUGUCGGAAGGUGGAAGGGUGAUGUUGCCGGAAAGUGACUCGAGCACGACGGAUCUUUAUGUCCGGUUUGUUGACCACAAGAUGAAAAAGUUAAAGGAGGAUAAGGAGAUUAUAUUGGUGUAAAUAUAUAUACGUACAAUAUAUAUAUAUAUAUAUAUAGUUUUAAAAAUGAGGAAAUUUAGAGCAAGAAAAAUAAUUAAGGAAGAAAUAUGAUUGAAAAAGUGUAUUAUUAUUUUUCAUACAUCAUGUAAUAAAAGUUGUAUAUUGUCGUUCCUCUAUUCGUUUAAUUAUACAGAUCCUCGUCAUGUU